CCGCGCGGCGCCUCCUGGGAGUUGCAGUCCGAGGAGUUUCCGUUGGUGCCGUUGAAAGCGAUGAGGAGGUAAGUGGGGGGGGCUGCGGGGGGGGCGGGGAGUUGCUGCGACCCCCGAGGGGAGUUUUGGGGUGCAUAUGUGGGGCGAGGGGGGUAGCCAUCCCCCCUACUGCCCUGCCUGCUUCCCACAGCGGCGUGUGGGUCUCCGGCGUCGCCUCCUUCUCCCCGCGCCCCUUUGCUGCCCCCUUUACUUGGGGGUCAGGGUGGGGUGAGGUGCAGCCCGACGGGGCCCUGUGGGGUUUGCGGGGUCCCCGAAAGGCGCAGCAGCAUCCCGGCAGCUUCCGAGGCGAAGGAGAAAGGAAAAACCCCGUUUGGGGGGGAAGGAAGCUGCCCCCCAAGUUCAAGGAUUUGUGAGCUGCCAAGAGUGGCUGAGGCAACCCAGUUGGAUGGGCGGCAUAUAAAUAAUAUUAUUAUUUUUUUUCACUGGGAAGUGAUUUAAAAUUAUUGAUGAAUGAUUAUCGCAGACAGGUAAAAGAGAAUUUACUCAACCUGAUUAUUAUGUGGAUAGGUUACAAUAAUAUAUAGAAGUCUUCAGCAGAAAUUGGUACUCGUAUGGACGGUGUGCAGGGAGAAAGGAUGAAAUGUUAUUGCAAAUAUAAAUAUGUUUGAUUUCAUUGAUUAUUGAAAUGAAAGUUGGGAAAGCUAAUGUUUCUGGAGCAGGAAUGGAGGGGGGAGGGACAGCUGGUGGGGUGCAAGGUCAGCUUUACAUUUUUAUUAAUUUGGUGACAAUUUGUUUUAUGGGAAAUCAGUUUAAAUGGUAAGAAAAAUUGUUGUUGUUUGUUCGUUUGUUUGUUUUAAAGAGGGGCAAUCUGGCCUUCGUUGUAAAUAAUUGCUUUUAUUUUAGUAGGCACACCUACUAGAGCCACCUGAGAACCAAUCACACUGUCCAUCAUUUGAAAAAUAAGACUUGAGAACCGCCUUGCCCCCAAAUGGCACUAGACGUUCUGUUUUGGCGAGUGUAGCCUUGGUUUAAGGAGCUAUUAGGCGCCAAGUAUCCUAUCUGAGUUCUAAGCUCCCUGCUUCUGACCUCUCCGCCUUCGCAGGAUCGACAGCAGACACAGCCGGGAUGACAUCCCCCUGGAGGACCAGGAGACGGAAGGGCAGAGGCAGCUCAAGAGCCUCCUGCACCAUCAGCUCGACACAUCUGUCUCCUUUGAGCAGUGAGUGCGGAUCCUGCACAAGGGCAGAGUCAGGGUGGGAGGUGUCCCUGGCAGCGGGAAGCAUUCUUGGUCCGUCGUCGCAAGAAGGUCGGAAGCACAUUGCCUUGGACAAGGGCCUUUCCCUGGGAGGCGACGCUGUGUGCCAAUGAGGGUCCUCUGCCAUCGGGUCUUCUGAGAAUCGUAGAAUGGUAGAGUUGGAAAAGACACCAAGGGUCAUCUAGUUCAACCCCCUUCUCAGGAUCCGGUGGCGCAGGCUCUUUCCCGGAGGCCUGGCCUGCCGCCUCCCAGGGUAGCCCUCUUCUAACGCCUCCGUGUUGGUUCCCAGGUGUGUGUCAAAGCGCCACUGCUUUGCGCCUGCAGCACUCUACAAGCCCUUUGGAGAGGAAGCCGCUGGGACCUGCACCUUGCCUCAGUUCCAGGCGCUGCAGGAAAGCAACAAAGAGGCCGCCGCUCUUCGAGAGCUGGGCCUCUCAGACGCCGAGAUCCAGUUCUGGAAGAGCCAUGCCUUGGCAGAUAAGGUGAAUGAGGGGGCAGGGAGUCCUUCACUGUGUUCACUUCGCUGCCUAGUAAGGGCACUGCAAUCGGCUGGUGGAAGCCAGUUUGUUUUGCCAUGGCCUGAUAAUGACAGGCUUGCUGUAACGCAAACCGGACCUUUUCAUUGGUGGCACCAGUGCAGUGGUCUGUCUUCCAUGCUGAAAUACAUGAGGCCCAGGUGUCAGGCUUCAGGGAAUCGGCUUUCUCCCCCCCUUAGCAGUAGGUAAGCAGAACAAAGGAAAAGGAGUAUUCUUACCAUUUAAUAAUAAUAAAUAAUAAAAUUUUAUUUAUAUCCCACCCUCCCCAGCCGAAGCCGGGCUCAGGGCGACUAACAACAGUAAAAUAAUACAGCAUUCUAAAAUCAAUUCAUUCUAAAAUCAGUUCAAAAUCAAAUUAAUGGCAACCAUUGGGCCAGGGUUCUGUGAGGAUUACCAAAGGAGCGUAUCAGGCUGUGCCUUGGCCAAAGGCCAGGUGGAACAGCUCUGUCUUGCAGGCCCUGCGGAAAGAUGUCAAGUCCCGCAGGGCCCUGGUCUCUUGUGACAGAGCAUUCCACCACAUCGGGGCCACAGCCAAAAAAGCCCUGGCUCUGGUUGAGGCCAGCCUAACCUCCCUGUGGCCUGGGACCUCCAAGAUGUUUUUGUUUGAAGACCGUAAGGUCCUCCGUGGGACAUACCAGGAGAGGCGGUCCCGUAGGUACGAGGGUCCUAGGCCGUAUAGGGCUUUAAAGGUUAAAACCAGCACCUUAAACCUGAUCCUGUGCUCCACCGGGAGCCAGUGCAGCUGGUAUAGCACUGGGUGAAUGUGAUGAUCUUUAAUGAUCACAGUGAGAGAACAAAGAACCCAUCUCUUAGGAAUGGUGAUGCUCCCAAUGAAGAAUUCCACCCCCUUACGUCCCUAGCCACCCAUGUCACUUUUACUUCUUGUAACCUGAACUUGUACCCUCUCUGCUUUCUUUUCUGCCACAGUCUCAGCCAUUCUUGAUCUUGGGGAGAGCGGAUGAAUGCUUUCCAGAGACAGUAAAUAUGUUAACUCUCUCUCUCUCUCUGUCUCUCUCUCUCUCUCUGUCUCUCUCUGUUUCUUUUCCUAGCUGUUCCCCAUCCAUAUUUCCCAGCUUCUGCCUUCUGAACUAUGUCCCUCUGCAAACCACUGUUCCAAAUCUAUACUGUCCUCCUGCUCCUGGGAAGAUUCAGGAUCCUGAUCAGGAGGAGGGGGAGGCUCCCACCAUUCCUCCUCAUUGUAGCCCUUCUCAGCACCAGAGGAGCGCUCUCUUAUGAGUCGGAGGAAGCUGAAGGAAUGGGGGACGAGGGGCAGGCACCUGACCCCUGUCUGUGGCUUCCUUCCAGAGUCCCGGCCUCGGGGCAGCCCCCGAGGCGAUACGAGAGAGGAUCGGGGCCAUCGAGGAGAAGAUGGCUGAGCGCCGGCGCAUCCUUUCGCUGCCCCAGCGCUUUGCAGGCAGCAAGCAGCUGAGCAGGCGAGAGAUGGAGAUUGAGAGCUCUCUCUUCCAGGGCACGGACCGCCACGCCUUCCUGAGGGUUCUGUACCACCAAGGUGCGUGGCUGGGGGCCCCUGGAGUCCUUGUGGGUGGGCGUGGAAGGCAACGGGGGAGGUGGCGGGGUGCUUCAUUGCCUAUGUUACCUCGCAAUGUGGCCUUCUGCAAAUGUCUGUCACAGAGGGCUCUGUUGUUUCCCUUCUGGCCCAGAUGAGGCUACACAGGAGGACCCCUUGUCACACCUCAGCACAACUCUUGGCCGCCGACCGGAGGGGCUUCCCUUGCCUCCCCAGAGUGACCCAGAUUCGCCAAGCCCCGCACCUUCCAUCAGCCCCCCAGCAUCUCAGGGCGCAGAUCCCCGGCCAACCCCAGUGCCCGUGGCGGUGACAGAGCCGGUGGAGUUUAUCCCAGAGGAGGAGAUCCACAAAAACUGCCUCUCGGAGGAGGAGAUCCGCCAGAUUCCCCGGUUUUCCUCCUACAGCCCUGGAGAGCCAAGCGAGGUGAGUCUCUUCCCUCCCUGCCCCGGUGCCAAGGGGAUCCAUUCGUGUUCUAGAACCCUCAAGGUCAGGGGCAGAUGUCCUAGGAAACUAAUGAAGCUUAACCUUCAGGGCCUCAAAUCCCAGAAGGACCCCAGAAGUAACUUGGGUCCACCUUCUUAAAAAAGCCAAGUCCAGUUGACCCGAGUUGAGUCGCAUGGCUCCAGUCAAUUAAUUUCAGCAGCCUCUCUUUCACAAACUCAAAGUUUGAGAGUCGGUAACAGAGAGGUUGUCGAGGGGGUCAGCUGGCCAUUCUGCGGAAAAGCGCUUCCAUUCUUUUUGCAGCUUGGCUCCAGAAAAUGACCUUCCCAGGAAGCUCUCCAGACAUGAAGAUGUUGCUCGAAAAACCGGGGGGGGGGGGGGGAAGAUCACAGAAUCGUAGAGUUGGAAGGAAUCCCAAGGGUCACUUAGAGAAGGAUCUGAAAUACUUUUCCCAAAGUACAAAUUUGUUUUAUUCUGAAUUGUUUUAUACCGUAUUGUAAGCCGCACCCGACUAUAAGCCACACCUUUCAAAAUCAAGAGCAGGGGGAGACAAUGCCCAAAUACAAGCCACUCCCUUAAAAUUCUGAAGGCACUCACACCCAUUCCAUUUUACUGUAUGUCUAUUUCAGCAGCAAAAUCGUAAAAGCCAAGUUAUGUAAGGUCACAAAUUUAAGCCGCACUUUGACUUUUCACAGUCGGAAUUUGGGGGGAAAGUGAGGCUUAUAUUCAGGCCAAUACGGUAUGUUGUUUUAAUAUGUUGACACCCACUUAGAUUUUUUUCUUUAAAAUAUAAAGUGGUAUAGAAAUGGAAUUAAUAAUAACCAUCAUCUUCUCCUCUUCUUUGGUGAUCACUCGUAGCCGAGUAAGAUUGUCCUCCAUAAACAGUUUUGACAGUGAGUCUGUAAGUGACUGCGGAGGUCAAUUCUGGAUCCACACAUCCUUCCACAGCGGGGACAUAGGUUUCUGGAUGGGAAUUGAUCCUGGUGAGGGUUUGCCAAGCGUGCCUUCCUCUUAGCAUGUUUCUCCCUUUUGUCCUGAGUUUGAGCGUCUUCAAAGUCCAUGACACCUUUGGUAAAGGCUGUUCUCCAAUUGGAACACUCGUAGGCCAGUGGUUCCCAAUUACAUUUUUUUAGAUUUGCCUUGAGAGAGUCUUUGAACCUCUUUUGUUGACCACCACAUUACGCUUUCCAUUUUAAAGUUUGUAAUAGAGAAUUCGUUCCGGAGGUCCGUACUUAACCUGAAACUAUUCUUAACCUGAAGCACCACUUUAGCUAAUGGGGCCUCCUGCUGCUGCCGCGCCGCCGGAGCACGAUUUCUGUUCUCAUCCUGAAGCAAAGUUCUUAACCUGAAGCACUAUUUCUGGGUUAGCGGAGUCUGUAACCUGAAGCGUAUGUAACCCGAGGUACCACUGUAGUUGCUUUGGAAGACAAUCAUCAGGCACCCACACCUGACCAGUCCAACAAAGUUGAUGUUGAAGAAUCAUUGCUUCAACACUGGUGAUCUUUGCUUCUUCCAUGAACUAGACAUUCUGUGGUGGUGACGGCCACCUAGAUUUAAGGUGCCAUUUGGUGAUUAGCUCAUAAAUCUGAGUUUCUAACACUGCAUUAUGUGUUUUGGUGCUGAGCAGGUGCUCUACCUGAAGAACCUCAGCCGCCGCGUCAACAUGAAGGAGCUGCUGUCCUUGUUUGCGAGGUUCCAGGAGGAGGGAGGCCCCCAGAUCCAAUUCCGCCUACUGAGCGGGCGCAUGAGAGGACAAGCUUUCCUCACCUUUCCCAGUGAGUGUCCAGCCCUCCAUGUCCCCCAGAGCCAAACGCUGGCCUUCCGGUUGGGAUGUGGGCGGGGAAUGGAGUACAGAGGCUCCAAUGGUCUCUGGAUUCCUCUCCAGGAGCUGGACCACCAGGGCUGAUCCUGUGUCGCUCUUUGGUCUCAGGUAUCUCAACGGCACAGGCAGCCCUGCAGCUGGCAAACGGCUUCAUCCUGCUGGGGAAGCCCAUGGUUAUUGAGUACGGGAGGAAGAAGACACCGUGACUCUAAGCCUUCAUCCUGGAGUCUCCCCUGCGCUGCAGCAAAGUGGAAGCAGCCAGAGGGGUUUCACCUGGACGUGCGGGCAGCUGAACAGUCCAGGCCAAAAAGAAGUGUCACUUGCUGCCAGGGGCAGAGACCUGGGACUGUGUGACGGACAGCUGAGCUGGAGCCGAGUGCCUCCGAAUUCCACUCGCGGCUGGGAGUCUCUGUCUGUUUGGCUACCAAGACAGCUAGCCAGAGGGGGUGCGUGUGUGGAGCAUUUAGGGAGGGAGAAUAAAAGGAGCAAUUUCUAAGAGAGUGGGCAGAUAGUUUGAGGGAGAUCGUUGGUUCUGGUCUGUGUGUAGCAUCCACUCCGAGAAAAGUAUCUACAGCUAGUGAAAGGAGUCUCUGAGUUUAGACUGAAAGACGGUGUGUACUCUCUCGGGAAAGUAUUCAGACAGGAGUUAACUGGGGGGCUGAGUUUGAGCCAGGAGAAGUAGGAGCUGUGUGGAUACAGUCUGCUUGGGUCUCAUUUCAGUUAGGAGGGGAGUGAUCUUCUAGGAAGAGAAGAAUCCCAAACCAGAUAAGAAGGUCUGUUAUAUUGCUAGAAAUACCUCUUGAGUGGGAUUCAUAAAAGGUUGGGUAACGUGACAGAAAGUGCCACGUUGUUUAAGAAAUUAGAGAAUUCACCUAUGCAGCAACUAAGCUAAGGAACUGAAGUGAAAUUACUGGAAAUAAAUAAAAUAAAUAAAUAUAUUUUUUUUAUUUCUACCCCGCCCACCCUGGCCAGGGCUGGGCUCAGGGCGGCUAACGCCAAGUAUAAAUUACAAUACAAUGUAAUUGGGGGGGCGGGGAGUUAAUUAAAAUACGGCUUAAAAUGUAGCCUCAUUUUAGUAGUAGCCCAUAAAUCAAGACCAUAAAGGGAGGAAACAUCAGAUAUUCACCCGAGCCAGCUAUCCAUGCUGGUCGUACAUGGGCCAGUAAAAAAGCCAAGGGAAAAUUUAUAUUCCAAAUCCCAUAUAAGGGGUCAGAGUAAGUCUAAGCCAAAGGCCAGGCGGAACAGCUCCGUCUUUCAGGCCCUGCGGAAGAUGUCAAGUCCCGCAGGGCCCUGGUCUCUUGUGACAGAGCAUUCCCCCAAGUCGGGGCCACGGCCGAAAAGGCCCUGGCCCUAGUUGAGACCAAUCUAAGCCACUCCAGCGCAUACCUGUCCUCCUCCCAAGCUGCCUCUAAUUCCCCUUGCUUUGCAGAAGGUGAUGUCACUUUUCUUGCCCUGUCUCUCUGCGACAUCUGGCUUUCCAGGAUGCCAGCUUCAUCAAAAGCCAAGACAUGGCAUCCUAUUGCACAUGUGAGGUGUAUGGUGGGCAGGGACGGAUGCUUCUGCUAAGAAAUGGGUUUAAGGGAAGACAGAUGGACAGAUUUAUGUGAAGACAGAUGUGAGGCUGGUUAUCCCACAGGAUAAAUAUGCUGAAAGAAGCUGAGGAUUAACCAUCUAAUCUAGAAACCUGUAAUAUCUAACUGAAGAGUAGUUACCGUAUUUUUUGCUCUAUAAGACUCAGUUUUUCCCUCCUAAAAGGUAAGGGGAAAUGUGUGUGCGUCUUAUGGAGCAAAUGCAGGCUGCGCAGCUAUCCCAGAAGCCAGAAUAGUGAGAGGUAUCGCUGCUUUCGCUGCGCAGUGAUGCCUCUUGCUGUUCUGGCUUCUGGGAUUCAGAAUAUUUUUUUUCUUAUUUUCCUCCGCCAAAAACUAGGUGCGUCUUAUGGUCUGGUGCGUCUAAUAGAGCGAAAAAUAUGGUACUUAAAAAAAGCUGUGCAUUUACUACCUUGUUUAGAAGCCUGUAACAUCCAUUCGAUUUAGUGUAAUUAUUAAUGCUAACUGUUUCCCGAAGGAACAUUAUCUCCUGAUGCGUCCUUUGUUUUAUCAGCUUUGUCCUGUAAAAUAAAUCUUUCUUAUUUCUUCAACUUC